GGGUUCUGGCGCAACGGAGGGUGUCGAAAUUCUGGAUCCGCUUCCCCGGAUUGGCGGGAUAUCCACGGAUUUCGGACCCGAUCUCGGCACCAAAAAAGAACUCUUGCUCAGAAGUUGUCUCGUUCACGCCAGCCGGCAGUCCUGGCACAUGAAUCUCGGCCGGCCAGGCUGGGAGAGGCCGUGGACGCUAGGGCGGCCAGACCGUCAGAGGGCGUGAGGAUCGUCCGUCUACGCGUAGGAGCGGGAUCACACCAGUCCACUACCUCCUCCUGCCACUAGUACUACUACUACUACUAGUACUAGUACUAGUACUACCACUACAUUCAAUGCUAAUGCUAGCGCUCGUUCAGAAGAGAGAAUCAGCAGUAAGCUGAAUUAAAAGUGCAGCAGCAGUGUCUUUGUAGAGACUUUGCAACCAUUUCGAAAUGAAAUCUUGCCGGAAAACAGGGAUCUAGGCCAGAUUGUGUUCAUAGGAAAGGCCAAGGGUGCCUCAAACCCCGUCCUAUUUCCAAGAUUGACGUGCCCGAGGUAGCUUGCCUUAUUCUCUUAGAAGGCUCAUAUCAUGAGCGGGCGUGGCCGACCCCCUGGGCGUGGCAACAGUCAUCGUGGUGGCAAUCGGUGGGGCAAUUCAAAUAACUACUAUCAUAGAGGCAGCGGCCGAUCCCCGAGCAACUCGAGAGGAUCUUCCCCUGCACGCGGCCCUCGUGGAAGGGGCAACGGUUUUGGAGCACCUCACCCAAGAGGUGGUCGAAGUGGUCACAGGGGAAGACCCCCGUUGAGUCAUAAUCACAAGAAGUUUCAGCGUCCUCCACCACCGCCUCCAUCGCCGAACUCGGCCUCAUCCUCGUCAGAUCGGUCCAAUUCAGAUGUGAGUGGCUCCUCAGGAUCACGGAAGCACCGAAGACCCAAGUUCUUGGACAACCCUUCAGCGCCGGAAAUUGUUGAGAAAAAGGCUUUAAAGACUCCACCACUUCUUUCUCCCUCUGGCGUGUCGAACCGAAAUUCCGGAUUGGGAUCUCCGGCCUCUCCAAUGAAGAGUCCCGUUCCAAGUGGUGCUAACAACAAACCCGAUUGGGAGCAGACCUCAUCGAGCACCGAAAAUGGCCACCGUGAAGAGGAUAGCCUGAAAUCUCCAGUCAGGGAGUCUGCUUCGAGCUCCAAUGGAGUGCCCCUACCAACAACGUCAAGUGGUCCUAUUAAGGACAAAAUGACAGAAAUGGACGGAGAACCAAGUGACGGGGCUGAGGGUGCUAAUAUGGUGAAAAUGAUCAAGGAUAGUACCGUUGUCAUUGGAAGCUGCUCUAGCGACGGUAGCUCCAAAGCUGGUCUGGAUCAAGGCCAGACCACAAGUGACUCUCGAAGUAACUUGACUAAUGGUGGUUCAGAGGAAGCACCACCUCCUCAAGAACCUCCCGCAAGUGGUGACUUUCGCCAGAUGGUUUUCAAGCAGCUGUUGCGGGAAGACUUGAACAAGAAAUCGGCUGUGAGUAGUGAUAAGGAGUGUUCAAGUGUAGUUAAGAAAGAGACCUUGGAUGAUCUCAAGGCUUCGAUGACUGACAUUCUGAAGAAUGUGAUAUCCAAAUCCAAGUCAGAGACUCGAGAAGCUGGCUUCCACAUGUCCGAGAAGGAGCUGCUUUCCAGUCUUACCUCUGAUCCAUUCCAGGACAGUGUCAAGACUAUCCUGGAGAAUUUUCUCCAAACCAAACUGGACGCCGGGAACUCGUCCAAGGCCCCUGAGUUCUCGGAGGAGUCUUCAUCAUCAAUACCCAAGGUUGUGAGCUCGGCAUCUGAUACGGCGAAUGACGACGGUUCCAGAUCAGCUGAUUCAAGUGAGGUCGUCACGACAGUGUCUCCGAAGCAAAUCGAUGCCACAGUUGAAGACUUGCUCAAGUCUCUUCACAAUAACGUAAUGGAAGAAAACGAGGGUGACCAACAGGCUGAUUGUGCUGAGGGCGGUCUUAAUAAUGACAAUGAUCAGUCCGGUGGGAUCGUUACUUUAGAUAGACUUGGCAAAGGCAUGGUGCCUUACAAUUCUGUGGAAAUUGUUGAUGAGUCAGCUGAUGAUGAAAACAACAAGCAUUCACGCCCGGCGACUCUCAACAUUCAAGACAUUGAGAUGCUCGAGGAGCCACCAUUGUCAGAAAAAUCACCUUCCAAACCCAGCCUGAGCAUCGACAGGUCCAAGUUGUUCUCACAGAUGGAAGACAAGUUCGCCAAAGAAACCCAUCUGGCUCUCAAGAACAAGCCCGUGUACAGGAAACGGUCCUUACUCAGUCCAGAACAAUUGUCAGAUAAUGGGAGGUCAAAUGGUUCGCCACCCCCUCCCGUGCUAACUCCAGCUAAUGCAGACCAAUCGUGUCUAGAUGACUCGCAGCAAAACAAGGCCAAAAUUGGCCCAGAUCCAUGCAAUGAUCGUGAUGACAAGACAGUGAUCCCGUCGGGUUCACCACAGAGACGUAUGCCCAAGCCCAUUGAUGACAUCUCCAGCCAAAUCCAUCCCAUCGUUCUGGGAGGGCGGGACAAAGCUGAACUCCCAAGCGGGGACGAUCAGCCCCCCAGUUUAGAAUGCCAAGUACCGCCCCCAAUCGAUGCCAUUGCCUCAGGCAACAGUCUAAUGUCUCCUCAAGCCAGUCAACCGUCUAUUCCAACCUCCUCAGAGCUGACGAAAUCGCUGAGGAAGGUACGAGUUCGUAGAGCCAGAACCUCGUCCUCUGGAAAUCCCAAUACCGAAAGUGAUGACUCCAACCUAGCCCCUCCGAGUCUCACGCUCUCGUUGCAUAGUGGAAUGGACGGAUCCACGGUCAGGGAUCCUUCGGCCUCUCCGACUCGAAUAGUUCGCCCGAGAAUCCUGGCCACUCCCAGCAAAACGCCGGAUCCCGUCUCUCCAACUGAAUCGUGUUCUAAAGGCCCAAGUGUUUCGGUGGCACCCUUAAAUAUCGAGAUUCCAGAAGAACAAUCCAGCCAUUCGGUUUUGAUGAGUCCAACGUCUUCGACAUCAAUCUCGAAUAUCCCCAAGCAUCGGACCCUCCUCAUGACUCCUGCUGCAUCCGUCGAAAGGUUUUCAGUCAGGGAGCAGCUGCCUUUUAAUCCAGCUGUCAUAUCAAAAGCAGAUGCCUUCCAUGCCUGUUUUGCCGUCUUCGAACGGGAGCUUAAGUCUCUUCAGACUCGCCAAGUCAGUCCAAAGAAUGACCCCGAGGUCAAUUGUGGAUUUCCACUUGGGGAAUCGAAAUUGGCCCAGGGUACUUUGAUCUCCCCAAAUUUAAGCUCCACCUCUCAACAGCCAAAACCUCAUGUCCCUCUUAAGACUGUGAUUCGACUCCCAAAACCAAUUCAAAACCAUAAUUCCUCAUCGUCAACCUUGUCCUCCAAUGCAACGGCUCCCUCUCAUGCGAUUCCCAAUGUCGUCAAUCCAACAGUUGAUGCAUCGGCUUGUCAAUCGGCAUCCAGCGCCGGUGGGAGUGGUGGUCAGCAUCAUUCCAAGAAAAAGAAAGGACGGAAAUUGGGGCUAAGCCAUCAGUUUGACGAGGUUGACGAUCCCAUGGACGAUGACUUGGAAGCUAGACCUUCAAAAAGAGCCAAGAACACCUCUGGGAUCCCUCCCACUCAAGAGCUCACCUUAGAUUUGGAACGCUACUUGGCAGCUGAUGACAUGAGUGAUGCCGACGAGACGAGUGGAGACUCACGGUCUGGUACAACUACUGGAAAGCACUCCCCUGACCUCGGGAAUAACCUGCUCCAGGUCAAGUCGGAUGACAAGAUCCUCGAGUCGAUGGUGGUUCCCGAGAAGGCGUCCUCGUUCAAUAUCCACCCGGGCCGAUGUUGCUCGGACGUUUGUCAUUAUUGCGGCAUGAAAUUCGGCAUGCUCGAUACUCCUCUUCACGUGUCACAGCUGAAGACCACAGAGAUCCAAAAAUUCGCCACGGAAUUCGCCUCCAUUACUCCGGACGCGUGCUUGUGCGACAAGUGUUUCCGAUACAUAGACAGAACAGCCAAGGCCAAAAGCAACGAGCCCUGUUCCAACGAAGGAGGGUGGAGGAAAGGCUCUCAGGAGCGAUCCGAGCGUGGUCGAUCCUGUUUGGUUCGCAACUGCAAUCGCGAGGUGAUGACGUCGGUGAGCAAGAAGUGGCUUAUCCGAUUGAAGCGAAAGCUCUCGCGAAAAGUGACUUUGAAUUGGGAGAAGGUGACGAAGAGCUCGGCCAAGUCCGUUCACGGUAUGUGCACCAAGCACAAUGCUUUGGUGGAAAGCUUCACCAAGUGUGGCCUGUGCAAGCAAAAGUUGACCAUUGGCGGAAUUUGCGGGUUGGCCAUGCAAAAAGACGAGAUCCGAGAGCUGAAUGAGAUGUUGCAAAACGAUAAUAUCCCUGCGGAUUUGUACGAGAACGUGUUUGUGUGCAAGCAUUGCAAGUUAUUCUGUGGCAUUAAGAAGAAAGCGAAAGAACAUGAUUACCUCAAAACCAACAAGACCCACAAGGCUUUCUACAAGGAGCAUCGUCGGAAAUUGCACGUUCACCUUGGAAAGGAAGAUGGGUAUCUAAGCGAAAGCCAUUCUCCUAAGAAGAUCAAUCAAGUGAUUCAGGGCGAUAACCCAACGAAAAUCACCAUCAAGACAACCACUUUGGACGUUUCCAAUGAUCGACCAAGUCGUAAGAGGAAGACCAAAGAGUUUGCCUCGCCCACUAGUGACGCCAAGAUCCUCGUCACGACCAACUUUGACGAUGAUCGACCGAUUUCAACUCCCUCCAAUGCAAAAGUCAACGGGCCCUCCACUUCCACUGCUCCUGUGUCAUCGAGCUCGAAUCCAGCCAAGAGUCCGGGUGUUCCUCAAGCUCCUAACGACAAGUGCUCGGUGAACAUUCAAUUUGAUCAGAACACAAAGAAGCUUUUCCAGGACCUUCACCAUCCGUACGGGAACUACACGAGCUUCAUCCGACAUCUCAUCUUGCUAGAGAAAUAUUGGCGGAAUGGUGACAUAACCCUAGCCGAAACGGCUAAUCAGAAAGCCUCUGUGUAUGUCAAAAGUGUGAAGAACCGCAUCGAUGCCUAUGAGGGAAAGAACAAGCGUUCGGAUGAGGAUCUCAGUGAGAGUACGCGCCCCGAUUUGAGUGUUCCCUCAGCUCCAGAUGUUUUGCAUCUCCCAGUCAUUGAAGAUGAGGAUGGGUCUGAAGUGGAUUCAACUUACACCGAAAAGGAGCAGUCCGUGUCGCCUACUCAAUCGGCCAGUCGGAAGGACAGCACCGAUUCUACCAUCUUGCGGAUCCCCAAGGUGCCCAUUUCAGGGACAGGGACGAACUCGAAUCAAACCUUGCCUGCCGAAAGCCCUGCCAAUUUGCCGACCAAGAUCCGAGUCAGAACUGAUCUCAUGCAUUUGGGACUGAUGGCCAAACCGCCCGAGCCUAACCUGAUGAGCAAUCGUGGCCCUGUCCGAUCGAUGGAACAACUACCGCAAUCCGUAUCGGUUAGUCCUCGGAAGGAAUCUUUUAAAAUUGAAGAUUUGGUGGCUCCUUCCAAUGCACGGCAGUUUACUCAGUCACCAACCCUGACUUCCACUGUACCAGGUGGGCCGCUGUCUGCCGACGGAGUGAGCUCUUCGCAAUCUAGCUUGCUUCAGAUGUUGAAUGAACCACCAGUCUUCAAGAAGAGGGAUCCUCUGGCCAGUCUGGGACGAAUGGAUGGAAGUGGACCUUUAUUGGGGAACACGUCCUUAAUAGGUCCAGCCAGUGCCAAGGCCAGGCACCAACAUCAGCAGCAGCACCAACAGCAACAACAUUCUUCGAGCAAGCCCAGUGGCGGAACUGCCAGUCAGCAUCAGCAAAGUAGUAAUAGCCAGUUAUUUAAGAAUGCCAGUGAUUCCGGCUCAAGCGCCAUCCCUUUGACGUUCAAUAACAGUAUUGCUGAAGUGCUUGCAGCCACGGCUGCUGCCAACGCCAAAAAAGUGGAUAUGAUGCAUCGCACCUCAACAGCAGAGAAAGCCAAUUCACGCGUGGUUAUCACUCCGGUCACUGCCGGUCAUAAGCCGGACUCCCAAAGAGUGCCUGAUAUCAGCUCUUUGACAAACUGGAUGAUGACGGAGGGAAAGAAAUCGUCCACUAAUUCAGCAUCGUCAGGCGGUGGACCGUCGGCCUUUAAUCAUCACAAAUCCCCAUCGACCAGUAGCGGGGGAACAUUUAGCUUGCAGAAAAGUCAGAAGGUCAAGGCUGCUGCGGGGAGUGGCUCGAUUAGUAAUUCAGGAGUGUCCAACAUCCAUCCACUCAUGGACAUGAGUAAGCUGUUGCAGACUCAGAAACCGGGUCUCCCGCCGCACAUCGUUGCUCAGAGCUCAGUACCCCAUAGUGGCGGAAACCCGCCCACUCCUAACAAGCCUGCGCGCAUUGUUCCCAAGCCCGGUCCCCUCUCCCAACAGGUCCGCCCUGUUCAGCUGGGCGGAGGGAAAACUUCCACAACGGCCAGUGCUGUCCAGGGGAUACAAACGGUCAACAAGAAGAGUCUAAAUACGGUGCUCGACCGGUUGAGUGGAUUAAAGGGAGUGUCGACCAUAAGCGGGAGUCCGACGUCGGGAUCGGUGCCUUUGUCCUCCUCGACAAUCACGGUACCAACGUCCUCUUUCAAAAACACCUCGAGCUCCUCGCAUCAUGGAGGCAGCAGCUAUUCCUCGAGCUUGGUGCAACAACUCAAUGCACCCCCCAUGAAUAAGCCUUCUUCGGCGGGAAAUCGAACCCAAGCUAACAACACCAGUGUGACCAAUGCUCAGGCCAGAACCACAGCUAACACUGCCAACUUGGCAAACUCAUUCUCGAACGCAGCGCUAGCGGCCGGAGCUCAAAACCUCUUCGGCUUUGGUAGUCCGAUGGUUGGCCAACCCAUGGUCCAAUAUCCGUGGGCGAACAGCCCUAGUGAGCAACAUCAGCAACAGGCAGUCGCACAACAGCAACAGCAUCAACAAGUUGCGGCUCAAGCGGCCAUGUUUUUCGCUAUGGCUGGGCUGCCCAUGUCGAGUGCACAAGAGUUCAUGAAUUUGAGCUAUCAACAACAGGAACGCAUGCUAGCCAGUUUGACAAGUGGUGCCAUACCCAAUGCGGCCACCACUAGUGGCCAGUCACGGAUCCGCGCCCCGCCUCCUCUAACGCACAUGGGUCGACCUGGGGCCGGUUCAGCAGGAGUUCUUCCUCGACCCAAGAAGGAUUAAACAAUCCGACAUAUCAAGUCUCCUGGGUCGGCCAGAUAACAGUCAAAUUCUCAAUGCCGACUGGAACUGCUUUUCCGUUGUUGCUUUUAAUCCCUUGAGUCAUGAACUCAUGCUGACUGACUGAGGCUGUAAAGGCCUUCAUUUAAUUCCUCCCUUCGAGGCAUUUACUUCGUGGAAAAGUCCUUCAUCCCUCUUUGCUCAGCUGUCAAUAUUGUGACAGACUGGCGAUAUUCAUAUUCUUGUAUUUAUGUGGUCAGAAUCAGGAACACUGGCAUGAAUUCCGUCAUUCUGGUUGACCAGUUAAAACCUCCCCCCCUCCUUCUCCAUGAUCAAUGUCAAGCCAAAAGAUUUAUAUCAUCAUUGUCAAAAACCCUCAACGCAAAUCAGAUAACGAAUCAACUCGAAUCACGAUAAAUAUACAUGCAGCCACGCAAGACGCCGAUCACUGAACCUGUUCCCGUUAUGGAAUCAAUCAAAGAACAGAGUCUGCACAAUUAUCAACCACGAUCACCCACAAUCCAUGAUGAACACAACAAUGAUUGACUCCUUGACUAAAGCCGAACUCCCGAAAACCUAUUUUAUUGAUUGAAAGUGAUGAUGGAUUGAUAUAUAGCCAAAAAUGAUAUAAUACAAUUUUUGAUCGAAAA